UAGUGGCUUCCCAUGAUCUGCCUUUCGAGUCGAGCGGCGCCCUCCGUUCUCUGAGCCUGUCUGAGCAUUCGGAACUUCUGAAAGUAUUCGAAGGGAUGGCUACGACGCGAUCGGUGAUUGCUUUCGAUGUUUGAGCCGGGCAUUGAGCUGCACAAGGGUCGCUCCUUCGAUCACCGCCAUGAAGGCCGACGGGAAAGACGAGCCGGUGAUCACCAACAACCGCUUCACGGCACUGUGCCUGGCGUGGAACGUGAUACUGUCCAUUCUCAUUGUGAUCCUGAACAAAUGGGUGUACGUGUACGUCAACUUUCCGAACAUCACCAUGACCAUGUACCACUUUGCGAUGACGUUCGCGGGCCUGCUAGUGUGCCGCGCGCUCAACGUGUUCCAAGUGAAGAAGCUGCCGCUGCGUCAUAUGUUGCCGCUCGCCACGACUUUCUGCGGCUUCGUGGUUUUCACCAACCUCUCCCUGGGUCACAACACGGUGGGGACCUACCAGAUCAUCAAAACGCUCACCAUGCCCACCAUCAUGGUCAUCCAGCACUACUGGUACAAGAAGAGCUUCUCGCUGGGCAUCAAACUCACGCUGGUACCGCUGACCUUGGGCGUGUACCUCAGCACCUACUAUGACAUCCGGUUCAACAUCCUCGGCACAUGCUACGCCCUGGCCGGUGUAGUCGUCACGUCCCUCUAUCAAGUGUGGGUGGGUGAGAAGCAAAAGGAAUUCCAGGUGAACUCCAUGCAGCUGCUCUUCUACCAAGCGCCCCUCUCAGCACUCAUGCUGGUGGUGCUGGUGCCGAUAGUUGAGCCACCCUGGGCGCCCGGAGGAUUCCUCUACCAGCACUGGAGCUGGCUGCACUUGAUGCUGGUGCUGUCAACGGGUGUGGUGGCCUUCCUCGUGAAUCUGUCUAUAUACUGGAUCAUCGGGAACACUUCUGCAGUCACCUACAACGUGGUGGGCCACAUGAAGCUGAUGCUCGUGCUCGUGGGCGGCUUCGUCGUCUUCCAGGACCCCGUACAUACCGAGCAGGCCAUCGGCAUUGUGGUCACGCUGACGGGCGUGCUUCUGUACACGUACAUCAAGCUAAAGGAGACCAUCAAAGCUGCGCUGCCUUCACCAGCCGAAGCCAAGCCGCUCAUCAAAACCUAGUCAAAUACAAACCAUGUUCCUCUGCCUUGCAGGCAGACCUCACUUGCAACAAAUAUGUGAUCAGGAUUUGUUACAGCCUGGUCACUUUUGUAUUAAACACUUGUUUUGGUCACCAUUUA